GGUCGUUGGGUGCCCCUGAAAUGUAGGCAAGUAAUUAGGGAAACCUUGUCCCCAGGGCUCUGUUCCCUUCCCUGGAGAAGACAUUGAGAGAUUCUGUGACUGGUUUUAAAGUUUCAGUCAUUUCACACUGCCCAGAGAAGUGCGAGCAAAGAGUAUUGCUAUAAAUAUACGCGGACGUUGUGACAGCCUUGCAGUGGUCUUUGACUUCUCAUCGUUUUACUUUUCAAGUUUGGCUGAUUAGAUCUCCUGUGAGAUCCAACGUUCAAUCAAGCAGGAUCUUUGUCCACGGUUUUUGUAGUUUGUUUAGUUUGUCAAGCGGUUGUCAGGCAAGGAACAACGGUAUUAAAACAGCAUUAUAAGACUCAAAGUCGAUAGAAACCGAGAGAGGGUAGCCUAUAAAAUUCUCCUAACACAAAAACAGUGCUUAUCCAAUAAAAAUAAUAAUACUGGUAAAAAAUACAUAUAUAUUUGUUAGCUUUUAAUUUCUGCCCGGGUUUCGGGCAUAAAACCAUGUGCGUGCACACUGAAAACGCUUGAACGUCAUCUUCGUGUUUCCGAAAACAACGAGCAUUUGUAUUUCCGAUAGAACGAAAGUGCGAGGACUCAAUACAGCCUGAAAUACAGGCAUAACUUUCCGUUGGGUGACCUUGUCCCCGAAUCAUGCCACCGGCUAGUCUAACACUGGUCAAAACUGAUUUUUUUUUUUGUCUUCCCAGACAUAAAGGUGACGAUCAUAAACAUAUUAUUCAUCCGACACCCUUGAUUUGACAUUUGAGAGACUUGAAUACCAACAGAUUAUCGGCAUCCCGUGCGUGAAUAUUUAAUUAGGUGUUCAAUUGACUUGACAACAGACUCGCGUCCUUGCCGCUUAAGUUGAUAUUCCUGUAGACUCUUUCACAGAGAGCGAUUGAACAGAGCUAGGUAAUGUCUUGCCGUCCACUUUGAAGGAUUCUGAGCCAGUUUUAGAGUCUAGAGUGGGUAUUGUUAACUUCAAAAGUGUACAAAAAUGUUCGGGAAACCUCGAUCGUCUAUUCCCGUGGCCGGUAGAACUAGCAUUCCUGUGAAAAGAACAGCACAAGGGACCACAAAUGGGAGAUCAACGCCGGCCAGCGCGAAUUCUAGUAUUCCUGGAGCCUCUAAGGCAAGCAGAAAUUCUGUGUCGGAUCUCCCAAAAGACGCCAAACUACUCAGUGAGAUGGUAUUAAACCUGCAGAAGCAAGUUCAGGAGAAGGACGAUGCGCUAAUGGACAUCAGUGACAAGCUGUCACGAAAGUCGGAAGAAUGUGAAAGCUUGGUGGAAGAGCGCGACAUGAUGAGGAGUAAAAGUUCCUUUGACUUGCAACAGGUUACUGAGGAUCAAGACGCUCUUCAAGAAACGCUCAAGAAGAAGGACAGGUACAUACAAGAAAUAGAGAGGCGACACAAUGAGGAAGCUAUGGAACUCAAAAGAGAGCUUGAAGAACUAAGCAACGAACAUGAAAUCGAGUUAGAAAUGCUAAAGAAGGAAAUGGAAGACCUAAAGCUGAGGGAGGAGCGCUGGAAGCGAGUCGCCGAGCUAAAAAAAGACUCUGACUACGACUCGAGUGACGUAGGAUCACGUGAUCAUUCGCCUGAAAUCGAGGCUCUUAAGGAGCAAAUGGCCUCGCUACAGAGUAAUUACGAAGAUGAGAUCAUAGUGCUCAAAGAAAAACUUCAAAGCGAGAUUGUCAAAGCAAGCGAGGCAGCCGACAAGGUGGAGCAACAAGAGUUUGAGUUUCAGGAAAAUUUAAGCGAGCUGAAAAGCGCAUUUGAAAGCGAGAAAAACGCGCUUUUGACGGAGCAUCAAACUGAGAUGGACGAGUUGAGACGAUCGUACGAUGAAAAGACAAGGGGAAUAGAAACUGGUACACAUUCUUCCAUGGACGUUUCUCAAAGGGAGCAGUACGAAAACCAGAUUUACCAGUUACAAGAUCAGGUUACAAACUUGACCAAUCAACUUGAAGCGAACGAGGCUCAAAUGGCGCAGGACAUCCUGAUCAUGAAAAGCGAGUUUGAAGCGCAGUUGGACGGGUCAAGGAGUGGAUUUGAAAGCGAAAAACAACGACUCAAGAGCGUGAUAACGGAACUAAAAAAUCAAGCUGAGGAUACCAACGCCAAGCAUUCCAAAGAUAUUGAACAAAUGGAGGAGGCGUUCAGAAGAGAAAAAGAAGAAAUCCGUAAUGCAUCGCACGUUAAUGAGGAUGAGAACGAUGAAGCAAUGCGAAGAAAAAUCGAAGAAUACGAGAAUGAAAUAAAGGAGUUGAAGGAAAGUCUCCAAAAUGAACGACUUGAGUUUGUUGAGGCGCGCGAGUCGUUGGAAAGUAUGAUUGCAGAGCAGGAGAAGGAAUUUGAAGGAAAGGAAGAGAAACUUCGCGCAGAGCUCAAUGAAGAACAUCAAAUGAAGGUGGACAAAGUAGUCUCCGAUUAUGAACAACGCCUACAGGAAGCAGAGAGAAGCUAUCUAGAAGGGAAAGACGUUGAUGGAAAUCGUGAUCGAACAAACGAAGAACUUCAAUUAGAGAUUAAAUCAAUGAAGAGGUUGCACGAACGAGAACUUGAGCGGCUUCACGAGAACUUGGAAACUCAGCAAGCAGAGAACGAAAAUCUUAAAACCGAGUUCGACUUGGUGGUGACGGAUCUUUCCAGCGAGCUAGAAAGCAAUAAGAAACCAGGCAAGCCUCCCAUGAAAAGAAGAGAGUCUCUUGUUCUCAAGGAGCAGAUUGAAAGGUUGAAGGGAACUCAAGACGAGGAAAUUCGGUUGCUGGUAGAGGAUGUAGUUUCGUAUAAACAAAAAGUCGCAGAGCUGGAAAGUGAAGUGCAGAGGUUGAGAAGCGCGGAUGAGAAAAAAUCCGAAGCUGACAUUGAUUUACAAACAAAAACACCCGAACCUGAGUAUGAAUUAGAAGUUAUGAGAGAGAAGAACAGCAAUAACGAAUUAGAGCUUCAAGAGUACAAAGCAAAAGUUUCAGAUCUUGAGAAGCAGUUGGAACUAAGAAGAAGCGAGCAAGAACAUGUUGAGGAACAAGAUGAGAACAAGAUUUCAGACCUUGAAAAUCAGCUUGACGUCUUGAAGAAGGACCAGGCCAACUCCGAAGCUAAAGUGGAACAGUACAAAGCCACUAUUGAAACUCUACGGAAAGACGUGGAAGCUGUUAACGACGAGAAACAUAGGCUAGAUUCCGAAGUACAAAAUAACGAAGAACAGAUUAAAAAUCUUACUGACAAGUUAAAAACUACUGAAGCGAAGUUCAGUGAAGAAGUUCAGAGCAUGCAAGGAAAGAUAGCGAAUCUGCAAGCUGAAAAACAGGAUAUAAGCAAAACAUUGGAGAAACAGUCUGGAGAGAGUGAAAGCAAAAUCGAAGAGCUUACGAAAAAACUCGAACAGGUUGAAAAUGAAAGUAAGAAUUCCAUUGACGCACACAGGGAGAAGUCAGAAGAGGUCAUUUUAGGACUCCAUGAAAAAAUCGAAGCACUUACAGAAGACUACACGAAGGUCAGGAAAGAAAAAGAUUUGCUUCAGCAAGAGUUACAAGACCUUGGACUAGGUGCCAUCGAAGGCGAAGAUGGAAAGGGUACAAAAAUAGCGCAAUACCAACAAGAAAUAGAAAAACUAUCGGUGAAGAUUGAAAGUCUGGAGAAUUAUCGAAAACAGUCGGAAAUUGAAAAACAAGAUCUUCAAGAAGAAAUCGAGAAUCUUCGUUACCCUCAAAAUGUCGAGCCAGUGAUUUCUUUAGCUGCAGUCGAUGAAACCUUUUUGCCAAAUCCGGCUGGCUUGGGUCUGGAAUACGAGCAACAGAUGAAGGGGCUUGCGGAAGAUUAUGAAGAAAAAAUCGAGAAGCUGGAAAGAGAGCUCGAGGAAGAGAGAAGCAAGUCAGCGGCAAAAACGAGACGAAUCGAGUCGGUUAAUUUGGAAAUUGAAGCCUUGCGUCAAAAUCUUGAGCAAGAGAGACAUUCCGUAAAUAAUUCACAAGAGCGCAUUAUUAAAAUGCAGGAAAAACAUGACGAAGACUUAAAGAACUUAAAAGAUGAAAUAGCUUUGAAUGCGAAGAAUGGUGAAACUACAUUUUCCUCGAAUGAAGAAGCUGCGAAGGAGCAGUUUUUGAAGACAAUUAAAACUCUUGAGGCUGAUCUGGAAACGGCUCUUCAAGCUAACAGGGAGCAGGUGGAAUAUAUCACCGAGUUGAAAACACAACUUGAGGUAGCGCGUCAUACAAAUGUAACACAGGAGGGAGAAGUCACUACGCUCAGUAAAGAGCUUGCAGAGUUUCAACAACAACAGAAAGCGCACGAGGCAAGCAUCACUGCAGAGCAACUUAUAACGAGCGAAGGGCACGCUAAACUGGUCGGGAAUCUUAAAGCUGAUUUAGAAGCGGAGCGCAAAUUGAACCAAACACAACGAAACGAGAUAAACAGGCUUGAACGGGAACUGGAGACCUUUCAACAACAACAAAUAGCGCACGAGGCGAAUCUAACGGCAGAGCAAUUGAGAGUAAGCGAAGGACACGCUAAGGAGGUAACAGAACUUAAAGCAGAUUUGGAGAGAGCGCAAAAAUUGAACAAAACACAGCAAGAAGAAAUAAGCGAGCUUAAACAGGAGCUAGAAGAGUUUCAACAACAGCAAAUUGCACAUGAAGCUAAUCUAACAGCGGAACAGCUUAAAAUAAGUGAGUCACAAAAAACGCAAAAGCAAGAACUCAAGAGGAAAACGAAAGAAAUCACAGCUCUCAAGUCCGAGUUAGAAGACGCGCAGCAAACGAAUAGGAAACAAUGUGAUGAACUCGCAAGGGUUAAAAGCGAGCUUGAUGAACUCAAAAACUCUCGAAAACGCUUCGAAGAGGAUUUUCUCGUCGAAAAAUUUAAGGCAGACGAAGCGAGUGAACGGAAGAUUAAAGCCUUAGAAGAAGAGGUGAGACGAAAGGUAGAGGAAAUGUCCAAGCUAUUCACCGUGCUUGACACAGAGCAGAAAGGGCGAGAGAGAGUUUUAAUGGAAACAGAGAAACAUUUAACGCAUAUGCACCAAGCUGAACAGGAGAAAAUUAACUCGGAGAGAAUCAUCGCAGAGCUUAAGAAUCAAAAUCAAGCGCUACGAAGCGAGCUGAGAAAAGAAAAAGAGCAAUUUGCAGCGUUUGUUUCGCAGAGCAAGAAAGCGCAAUCUGAAGAGCACGAGGAAGUCGAGAAGCUUAGUAGAUCAUUAACCGAGUCUGAGAUGGACAAAGGAAAGCUCACGGACGAGAUGGAGACGUGCAAGGAAGAACUAAACAAAAUGGAGGAAAAAUACGGUAAGCUGAAGGAAAAGUUUUUAGCUCUGAAACAAAAGCGGAAGGAAGAAAAGGAAAAAUAUGACGAAAUUCUAUUAACGCCAAGGUUCGAAAUGGGAUUGCAAACAAGUCUUCUGGAACCCGAGGAUCUAAAUCAAACUAAAGAACAGCUUUCGACGUCCAUUCGAGAGCAAGGCCGUCUUGAAGACGAGUUAGAGUCUCUUCAACGAGAUACUUACAAGAAGAAAAGUGAAAUUCAAGCUCUGAAAAGAGCCAACGAGGUAUUGAGAAAGCAAAAUCAAGUUCUUUACCUCGAGACAGAGAGCCUAAGGAGGUCUGGACACAGAGAUGACAUCGAUGUUUCCGAAAUCGAGAGACAAAACGAACAGUUAAUGAAAGAGAAAGAUAAUCUAGAGAUAGAAAAUCGCUAUCUCAAAGAGGCUUUGAUUGAGAGAGAAAAACAGGAUGAAGAAGGCAAAGAAAGGGACAGUUUAUCAGAUGACUUACCAGAAACAGAGCUUCGAGAUUUAAAGGAAAAGCAAGCAAGAAUUGAGCAAGAAAAUUUUAAGUUACACGAAGAGAAUGAAUUCUUGUUAAAGCAAGGUAAACGUCUCCAAUUCCAAGUCGAUCAACUUGAAGACGAAGUUCAAAGGCUAAAACGUCAAACUCCUCUGACGUCAAUACCUAAAGUGGAGGCUCAGUCUCAGCCUUUCGUCGACGAGCUAAUCCGCAGAGAAUCUGGGACCCAGCUCAACGUGGAGUCGUUACCGGGCUCAUUCGGAGGAGCCCCACUCAACAGUUCCCUCGAAGCCCAACGAUUCGCGGAAGAAAAUCAACGAAUAAAAGAGCAGAUUGCCGUGUUGCAAGGACGGCUAAGACAAAAAGAGAACGAACUGCAAAACACAAAUGUCUCACAGACAGGUGAAAUGGAGGAUUUAGCGAACGAGAGGCAAGUGCUGCUCGCGCAAAUCGACUCAAUGAAGGAAGCGCUGGAGAAAGACGCGGAGAAAGGACACAGCCAAAAGGUUACCGACUGGGAUGCUAACAAGAGGGCCGACACUGAAAAAGAAAACUUAGUUUCACCAACUCCUUUUACUCAAAGAACAGGCCAAGCCCCUUUUACCGGAUUCGCCGUGUCUAAUCUUCAAAGCUUUGAAUUUGAUGUGGAGAACUACCUUGGAUCGGCCUACUGGGAAGCGACCAAGUUUCUUGACAGAUUACAGCAAGUCAGCUAAGACAUGCAGAAUGACAACGUUCAGGUUUAGAAUAGUUAUACAUACACUUCAAUUAAUUAUUUUCCUUCUUUCCCAACCCGCGCUUAUUUUCCUUACCUCGACCCUUAAAUUAGCGUACAGGCUGUCUCAUCUGAGUUUCAUGCACAAACAAACGUUCUUAGGAGAAUUUUACAACGCAUGUAGGUUUUAGUCAGCACUAGCUUUUAGCUUGAAUUUGUUGUCGAACAGUAGAGAGAACUGAAAACAGAUGAUAAGAUAGUGUAAACACUGUAAAGAUUGAUCUUUCUUUAAACCUUAGGCAUAACAGCCUACUUCACAAGUACUCUCUUGUAUAACUCGUCACACGAUCUUUCCUCUAUAACGUUUAACACGGGGAAAAACUGCGUGACCAGUCUGCAGAACAGGUGGUUUAGCGGGGUAGAUCGCAAAGCGCGAGACCAAAAAUAAAUGUUUUUCAUUGCUUCUUUCUCGUGCACCGCGCUCGUGACGUGUUUCGGGCUCCACGCUCAUGUUUCGCGCUCUGUUCUGCAGGGCUAAGCCAGAAGGGACGUUUCUAAGGAUUAGAAGUCUCAACCUCGUUUUUAGGGCGAGCCCUCUUGAUCCUCAUCCCGGCUUACAUUUCUUGACCAAAAACCAGCUUCUUCUAAACUGAUAACAUAAACAGCUGUUCUGUGCAAGUUCUCCUUCCUCAUUUCCCAGUUUUAAUUUCAAAUAUUAUUUCAGAGAGACAGUUUAUUUUUUUAAUAUAUAUUUUGAUACGAAAAUUUGCAAAAUAAAAAUUACUUUCAUACGAGUGCUGACUGACAGAAAGUACGUACCAGCGUGACUAGACCCACUGCAGUUAAGGUAAAGUCAGUGUUUACAAAAGGGAUAAUCACUGUGUCUAACACCAGUCUUACACUUUCCCCGACUUUCCCACGGUUGCCUCUGACACCAGCUACAAGUUUUUGUUUUAAUGUUUGGCUGACUUAAUAGGUCCUUUGCAGCUAAGCCAUCACGUGACAAUAAAUAAAAUCAAAAAGGCCAAGUUUGAGGCCCCUGGCACUAAAGAAUGACAUUUUAUGAUGGUUUGAAUAUUUAAAAAACUAAGAUUUCUAUGGAAAAAGUCUCUUGAGAGCAAGACCUUUCUCUCCAGCAACGUUUUCCAUAGAUAUCCUCUAAAUUUUCCAAAAUUUCGAACUGACGUAUAUACUUACUCUUUAAUGCCAGGGGCCUCAAACUUGGCCAUUUUGGGAUUUUCGAUAUGCUCUUUCCAUGUUUGACAUUCUUUCAGUUAUAGCCCAUAAUAUAUAAUUUUUUUGAGGACAAUUUUGGUCAUGUGACCCUAGCUGUAAAGGGCCUAUUAUUCAACUGUUCGCGAAAUUAAACGUAAAAUUUGAGACUUACACUAGUUCCACUUCCGAUUCUUUCCCCCUUUUGUCAUCAUUUUGUUAUAUAGAGCUGCUAUAAAGUUCGCAAACCAUUAGAGUGCGGGUUCAUUCACAAGAAGCAGCCUUCGAUUUGCCUUCGAUUUGCGCCCUCGGUUGUGUGUACCUAGGUCCCUUCGUUUUGCUACUGAAGUAGAAAAACCGUCAUGGCGGUUCGCCAUUUUACGGCUCAUGCACAUUUAACUGAGCAAUAAAAAAGAGCCAGGG